AUGCAUCGACUUUUUGCUGAGCUGGACAUCUAUAACCGUCACCAAGCAAAACCUGGCAGACUGAGUUCGGUAUAUCUUGCGCUCGAAUAUAUUUUUGAUGUCUCCGAACUCGAACGGCUACGGCGUGAGCCUGAUCCUUCAUCUGAUGAAAAUGCUACGGCUAAGGAUGCGGCACCACAACUUGCAGAGCAACCCACAAACGUGGAUGCCGCCAUGAAUACCCCCAGUUGUGGUUGA